CUUUAAAAACUGCAGAUUGUCGGACACAUCAUACUUUCUUUAACGUUUUGGUGUAUUUGAUAUAAUACUAGUGGUCUUAAAGUGCAGCAGUGUUCAAAGCGACGCAAUGCACUUGAGGCUUAUAUUGUGUACUCUUGCAGGCCUGGCGUGCAUCCCCGCCGUGUUUCCUAUUUACUGCAAUGGUCCGGAAUGCAGCGACUGCAGGACCAGAACUGUCAGCUACAGUUGCAUUGACAAAACCGUAGCCGUGUCUGUCAACAAGGUGGUAUGCUUGAGAUACAAGUUGGUGUGUUAUUACUACUACGGUUAUACCGGUCUCUGUGGCUAUUUCUACAGCAAUUACUAUUAUUACUAUGGUCCUUACCUUGGUCUCUGUCACUACUGCCGUACUAUUUGUGAGGAGACGGGAUUACGCACGGUGUAUGAGCAGCGGACGUUAUACAAGACGUGCCACAGACAGGAACUGUAUUGUCACAGCGGUGACGGCGAAUGUGGCUGCGUUGACAGACCUGACAUUCCUAUCUAACGUGACAGAGAGUUUGCUUUUAAAAAAUCUUCAAAAUCGUCCCAGUACCUUGGUACUGAAAUGCAAUAUUUAACCCGUUUUAUUUGGUAAAAAACUGACUGGAGGAAGAUAUAAAAUUUGAUGUAAUUCAGAAAUGUUAUUUGUUUUGAAUAAAACCAAGUAUGUUUUAGCAACUCCCUUUAUUAUUCUCUAACAAUAAUACUACGAAUAAAUAACUGGACAAUGAUUGAGAGCCAUAUUAGUCUGUCGCAAAUUAAGUUAUUUCCCUGAGUUAGGACAUACAAUCAUCAAAUUAUCAUACGUUUAUUGCAAAAUCUAAAUUUCCCUUAUUUAAAUUACAAAUUUCCCUUAAUAUGUUAUCAAGGUAAUAAUAAUAAUAAUAAUAAUAAUAAUAAUAAUAAUAAUAAUAACAUAUGUCAGAAUAAAUCAUUGUUGCGUCUAACCCAAAAACUUAUUACGUACCAUUCCUGUAUAUACUUCUAUGAAGUUACGAAAAUUAGUAAUGUUGUGAUUGGAACAUUUUGAACAGAUUUGGAACUUGCAACUUUUCUCCCUAUCACAGUCAUCAAACUCUGUCUAUUUUAAAACAUUGCAGGCCUUUGUCCUAUUGCCCAUUGUCUUUCCCAAGUGAGGUUUAAAAUAGGAUAUUUCUGUUGUUUGCCCUACCUAAGAUAAAAUUACCCCUUAGCCCAGACAAAACUGAUUAGUUGGCU